CCGCCGCCGGUGGGCGGGAGCGCCGGGCUGGGCCGGGCGGGCCCGGGGCCGCGGCCAUGGCGCUGCCCGUGCUGUCCAGCUCCGCCGUGAAGUUCCGCCGGGUCCUGGCGCACUUCCCGCAGGAGCUCAGCCUGGCCUUCGCCUACGGCUCCGGGGUGUUCCGGCAGGCGGGGGCCUCGGCCGAGCACGGCGAGACGAAUAUGCUGGACUUCGUGUUUGCUGUUGAUGAUGUUGUGACCUGGCAUAUGAUGAACUUGUUAAAGAACAGGAGUCAUUAUUCCUUCCUUAAAUUUUUUGGGCCCAAAAAGAUAAGUACCAUUCAGAGAUAUGGAGCAGGAAUUUACUACAACACCUUAGUGCCAUGCAAUGGCAGGAUGAUUAAAUAUGGAGUAAUUAGCACUGAUGCCCUGAUUGAGGAUUUGUUGCACUGGAAAACUCUCUAUGUGGCUGGGCGCCUACAAAAGCCGGUGAAAAUCCUGGCCCAGAAUGAGAACAGCAGGCUGCAAGCUGCUCUUGUCAGCAACCUGAAGAGUGCAGUGACAGCAGCCUUCCUCAUGUUGCCAGAGAGCUUCUCUGAAGAGGACCUUUACCUGCAGAUUGCUGGACUCUCCUACUCUGGUGAUUUCAGAAUGAUAAUAGGAGAAGACAAAUCCAAAGUGCAGAACAUAGUGAAACCCAACAUUGCCCAUUUCCAGAAGCUGUACAGUACCAUACUCCAGGACUGCCCUCAAGUGGUGUACAAGCACCAUCUGGGAAGGAUUCAGAUUGAUAAGAGUCCAGAAGGUCAAUUUACACAACUUAUGGCUUUGCCAAAGACUCUGCAACAAAAGAUAACUGCUAUAGUAAACCCUCCUGGAAAGAACAGAGACGUGGAAGAAAUUUUACUACAAGUUGCCCAUGACCCUGAUUGUGGAUUUCUGGUGCAUCAAGGCAUUUCAGGAAUUGUGAGAUCCUCCAGUAUAGUGCAGAGUGCUAAAACCAUCCUGACAGCUGGGGCAAAGAAAUCUGUGACUUACAGUUUGAAGAAAUUAUAUAAGAUGACAAAGGGAGGGUUAAAGAAGACAUCUUGAGUCUUUACAUACUGUGUAUGGCAGAUGCCGUGUGGGUCAGGCCCUGCCCAGCUCUGAGCUGUUUGUCACUGUCACUCUGCCAGAGGAUCCCUGUGUCCUGCACAGGUGGGACUUCACUGCACUUCCUGGAACUUGAGCUGGCUGUGUUUGGCUUGUGUUGCUGGAUACCCACUGCAAGGCUUGGUUUGGCUUUAUGAACUCUGUGUACAGCAAUAUAAGAAGUCAUUUCUUGCUCUUUGGAGUGAGUUUUGCAAAUCCCAGCUCGAUAGUUCCCGGUUCCCUCCAUCUGUUGAUGCACUGCCAGUGUCCAAGUCUGUGCACUAAAUCUUUGGGAGAUGUAAAAAAGUCCUUCCUCCUCAUCCAUAUGGGCUGAAAACUGGAUUCUGCUCUGUAAAUCAUUCAUCUUGUGCUUUUUAAGAGUGGCCUACCUCUCCCCUUGGGGCCACUGGUCUUGAAUGUAUUUAUUUUUCUGGCAGAGAGCCACGAAUGAAUCAUAGCCCUGAGCAGCUCGUUGUGAACUCCUCACCAUUGUUAAGAGAGUACUUGGGGCAGUUGUUACAGAGCUUUGCUAUGUAAAACUUUUAAGAGAAGAGAGAUUGAUUUCAGCCUUGUUAGCUGCUUUUGAAGUCCCCACCAGUUGUGUGGAAAUGAUUUCUUCUGCUCUUACAGCUGUAAUCCACUAAAAUAACCGGGGAUUGUUGCACGGGAAGUUGGGACAUAGGAGUACGUUACUGCCUCUUUGUCCUAAUGAGGUGUGGUUGUUCUUUCACCAAAAAAAGUCACUUCAGCCUUUCAUUCCAUUUGUAACUUUCCUGUUUAUACCUUCCUGCUCCAUUUCCAUACUUUAUUGUUUCUCCUCUUGAUUUAAUUCUCAAGUCUUUCAUUCUGUUCUUCAGACAUCCCUCUUUUCUGGCUUGCCCGUUCCACCAUGGAUAUUGUUUCAUGUCCCCCCCCCCCCCUUUUUUCCUGUGUAGCAGAGCUUUCAUUAAAGGCAACCAGGCAGAUGAUUUAUUUCUGAUGUCUGAAAAGGCUUCUUUGUAAUGAAGAGCCUGGACCCAAUCAAACUGCUGAGGGUUUGUGUAGGUGAGUCAGCAGCAUGGGCCUCACUGCCUCUGAGAUCCACAGUGCCAGGGGAGUGUGGAACAGCCUCCUGCUCCAGAGGGAAUGAACUGGAUGACACAGGAAGAAGGGGAAAUCAAAGAAUCAAAAAUGUGACUGCAUACAUAAUCAUUUGGCUGCUCCUAAACUCGGUUUGGAAAGGCCACAAAGCUGAACCACACA